AUGCGUCUGGUGAACAUGGUUUUCUACAUGUUACUCUUUGCCACGACCCUGGCUCAACUGCUCUUCAAUCCAUGGAAUCCGCUAAAUUUCCUUCAGCAAACGCCAACCGGGCCGCCUUAUUAUUUGGAAUAUUUCAAGAAUAACGGCUACAAGACGGACGACAAAGGAAACGUUUGGUUGGGCGAAGAUAACGCCAAAUUCAUGGUAAUCGCUCGAUCAUCGUAUCCCUAG